AUGUUAGGCGAAACUUGUGUAUCACCAUUUGAUUGCCACAAAGUCAAUUUUGCGACGUGUUCAGAAAAUAAAAAGUGCGAGUGUAUCGAAAAUUUUGUCGCAGAUGGUAAUUCAAAAUGCUUAUUAUCUCCGGUCAAUGAUGAUUGCAUGAAUGACGAUGAUUGCUUAGGUGAGUUAUCGUGUAUUAAUUCUCAAUGCAAAUGUCAAGUAAAUUUUCAAUUAACAGUCGAUAAUCAAUGUAUAGAAAAUUUUCUCAAGUUUUUCUGUCAAUCGGAUCGAGAUUGUGAUAAGGUGCGUCAUGCAAAAUGCUCGAACACUAACAAAUGCGUAUGUCGAUUGAAAAAUAUCCUAGUAAAUUCCACAAUCUGUAUGCCAAUGAUUGGCGCAUUUUGUUGGAAAGACGAACCUUGUGCUAUCGAAAAUUCUGCUUGCAUCAAUAGUACUUGUCAAUGCAAACCAGGGUUUAAGUAUUUUUCCGAAAACGAUGUUUGUUUGAACGGGAUGUCUUGUAAAGACCAUCAAGACUGCAGAAGUCUACAUUAUACCGAGUGUUCAUCAUUCCAUAAGUGUGUUUGUUUAUUAACAGCAAAGAAAGUCAAUGUUACAACAUGUCUGUCGAGACUGAAUAAUUAUUGCGCGCAUGAUAAGGACUGUGCCGAUCCUCAUUCAGUUUGCAUUGCUAAUAAAUGUGAAUGCAGGCUGAAUUAUAUUAGUAUCGAUGAUAAUAAAUGUGAAUUAAUAACAUUUGGAAGAAAAUGUGAAGGUGAUUCCGAUUGUCGAGACCCAUUCAGUGAAUUAUGUUCCGCAAAUCAAAUUUGCGUCUGUAAACCACAUCAUAUUGCAGUAUUUGAAGCCAUUUGUAAGCCCGUCCUGAACGGAAUUUGUUUUAGUCAGGAAGACUGUGAAGUAAAAAAUUCUGAAUGUUCUUUUGGUUAUUGUCAGUGCAAAUCAGGGUUUGCACCUUUAUCACAGAAUUUAUGCUUAAAAGAGGAAUUACUUGAUUCAUGUGGACCAGAUAAAAGUUGUGAAACUUCAGGCAAGAAGCAAUGCUUCGAAAGUAGAAAAUGCAUUUGCGAAAAUAAGUCCUUUACUCAGAAUCCAUCGAUGAAAUCUGACUGUACGCCGUUAAUAGGCGGAUUUUGUUACGACUCAAAUGAAUGUAAAAUCGGCAAUUCUAAAUGUAUUGAUAAUAAAUGUCAAUGCAAUCCCUCUUCUACUUUUGCAGCUGACAAUUUAUGUAUCCUUAAGAACUCAUCAUAA